AUGGCGGAAAUUCCGCAAGAUGAGCGCACGGGAGCCGAUGGAGAGGGGGAGGCGGAGGGUACAGCUGUGGUGGUGCGCAUGCGUUCUUCUAAAGUGGGACGCGAUAUAAGGCUGGACGGCACUGCGCAGACGGUGUUCGCCAUGCAGUGCCACAGGUGCUUAUGCCCUGUUACCGAGCCCAUCUAUAGCGAGUUCAGCCUGCUACUCUCCGCGUCGCCCCUCCACGAGCCCACGAAGCGCAGCCUAGGGGUCAUCCUCGAUGCGCCUUCCUCCAGCUUUAACUCGCUCCCUGCCGACUAUGACGAUGGCGACGAGGGCGACAUGCUAGACCUAGACCUCGACGAUAAGCUCUACUUCCCCCCGGACCAGCGGAUUAUAGACGUCUCUAAGUACGUGCGUGACACGGUGCACCUAGAGAUCCCUCUCAAGGUCCGGUGCAGCCCCGGGUGCCGAGGCAUGUGCCUCGGGUGCGGGGCGAACCUCAACGUGAAGGAAUGUGCCUGCGGGGCAGACGAAUGGGGAAUUGGGGGCGGCGGCAGCAAGGGGCAAGCGGCAGGGGGCGGGCAAGGGCAAGGGCUGGAUGGGUCGGGGGUGGGGAAAGCGAAGGGGAAGGGCAUGGGGAUGGGGGGGUUGAAGGGGGGGAAGGGCGGGGGCAAGGGGUCGUUGAAAGAGCAGCUGGAGCAGCUGUACAGGCAGGAGGAUGGUGGGGGUGCUGGCGAUGGUGGUGGUGAGCAGCAGCAGGGGCAGUGA